GCUGGUCCAUUGGAGACACUACCUCCUAGGCAAAUUCUUUUAUGUGAGAUCUGACCAUAAGACGUUGUGCUGGAUUAAGACAAUCUGUGCUCUCCGAUGCACUCAAGAGGUGGAUUGAAGUCAUAGAUAUGUAUGAUUUCAAGCUCGACCCUCUGAAAGGAAAGCACAACAAAGUGGCUGAUGCACUAUCGCGUAGGGCGGAUUAUCUGGGUGCACUAGAGACCGAGUUUGGAAUUUAUGACGACGUAAGUCGAUCUAUGGAGGAAGCCUAUCAAGAGAACGCAGUCAUGUCUGAGAUCAUUCGCAAACUGGAAGCUAAAGACAAGGCUAAUUCCAAUGAGUUUGAGCUGGUUGACGACUUGCUGUUCCUUAAGAAGGCUGGGAAUAAACGCACAGGAACUGCACUCACUGCCCUUGCAGAGCUGCUGGCAGAGAAAGGUUUUGAAGUGACUUUACUUUGCACCCAACAGCAGCAAUCAGGCGUGAGAAAAGGUAACUUUUGGAAGCAACAGUACAGGAAGAUGGGCAUUCAAUUGACCAUGCUGCCCCCCACAUCCAUUGGGUACGACGUUCCACAAGAUAUUGCCAUAAGAAAAAAGGACAUUAUGGAAUGGAUUGCAAGGUUUUCCAAAGAUUGGUUAGGUGGGGAACAAGGGGGAUGGGUGGCAGAGUCUGUGAACACCGGCACCUCUCAAGUACCGCAUCAGUUCAGACUGAUGUCGAUGGAACAGGACACCGGGGCACUGCCACGGCGCAGUGCCAGGAUCGCAGUUCGUGCCCGCCCUGCGGUACCUCCAAGACCCAAGAGAUUCAGCAGACGGACGACUCCAGCGGCAUCAAGUACGACAUUGACAGUACARGACACCACUGGAGAUCUUCCCGCAUGCCCGGUCCGAGAGGCCAGCGAGCCUUUGGCUGACUAUCGUGGGCGGCUACAGGCAUUUACAGACGCCGUAGCCCCCGCCGAGGCUCAGCAGGCUGCGGCAGAGGCAGAACGUCAGCGGCUGGCCAAUGAGGCGGCAGCCGAAGCUCAGCGGACAGCUGAGACUGACGAAGCGGCACGAAACAGACGGAAUGCCACCAGCACGGAGUCCCUGAUUGCUAGUGAGCAUCAGUGGACAACGGUACUCCAAGGCAUGAUCUUUGUGCCUACGGAAACGCAGGCGGAACCGACACAGGCGGAGGCAGAGAGAAGUAACCUGGCUACCGUGAUGUUGAACGUAAUGAGGGGAGUAAUGUGGAACAACAAACUACUGCAGGCACACCUGCAUGCGGAACGACGGCAAAGACAGCAGUACCAGCAAGACCUGGCCGCUGUAACGGCCGACGUCCACGACGCAGCAAUGCAGCAGCAGCAACAGCAACAGCUGAUGAACUCUACCAUCUCACGCAUCAACGGCAUUGAGGCCAAGGCCUCAGCAGCGCCAGGCUGYACGACGGACGCGACGAAGCAAAUCAACGAACGCAUCGAUCACGUCAUCACCAUCAUCGGCGACAUAGGUGUUUUCAACGCACCGGACACGAUCAGCAGCACGGUGGCCGCCAUCAAGACGGACAUCACCAAGCUACAGACGAGACCGGACGCCGCUACAAAGACGUUCAAGAUGCCGCACUUCGACAUCUGCAAGUUCGACGACUACAACAAGUCGGACGCUGUGACAUGGUGGCAACGUUUCCUCACGGAAGCGUCAUGCCGCACUGUCCCGGCAAACGACAUGUUGAAGGCACUCUAUUUGCAACUGAUUGGAGGAGCGCAGGCAUGGAUGAACCACCUGGCGGCCACCCACAAGUGCACCAUCGCCGAACUCCACACGCACAUCAUGUGGAAGGAGUUCGAGCAGCUAUGGUUCACCCGGUUCAUGGUCCGCAACGUCGUGAAGGCGGCCAUGAAUGAGGUGUAUACAUGCUCUCAGGGGAACAUGCCAACUCGAGACUGGACAACGAAGUGGCAAAAGAUAGUGACCACACCAGGCUUCGACUUGACGUUCCCAAAUCAACGAUCCGAGUUCUUCUCGCGAUCAUGCGCGGGAUUGCGGUCGGCACUCGGUAAUGAGUACGACUAUACCACAUUCGAGGGCAUUCUGGAUCGAGCGAACUUGGUCAUCCAAACGGACGACAAGGCCGCUAACGAGAGACAAUCCCAGCCGCACUAUGUGGCUAAGCAGGCCUAUCAACGUCCGGCACAUAACAAUGCCGUGAUUUCUGAGGAAACCGACAACCACCACGCUGCAGCAGCAUCCUCGAGUGAUGGAGGAAUUGUCGCAGCGCUCCCGCCGAAGCGUCCCAAGAGAGUUCGAAAGAACAAGGCGACACAAGAGACGGCAGCGACGGGAGCUGGGCAGCCAUGGACGGCAUAUAAGAUCACCAAGGAGGUCUAUGACCUGCGUCAUAAGUACGGAUACUGCCUUUGGUGCAACGGAGUCACUCAUGUGACCGCACAAUGCCCCGAAAAGGGCAAGGCACGCGCCGACACCGUCAAGAACGCCGGCCCUCUUUCGCCCAUCGACGACCUCCUCGAACGGUUGGGCGGUGCCAAGUUCUUCUCCAAGCUUGACCUCAAAUCGGGAUAUCACCAACUCGAGAUCCGACAGGAGGACCGCUACAAGACCGCGUUUAAAACACGAUAUGGGCAUUUCGAAUGGCUGGUUAUGCCUUUUGGCCUUACGAAUGCCCCGACCACAUUCCAAGCGGCUAUGACAACGGAGUUCCGACACAUGCUGGAUAGAUUCGUACUCAUCUACCUCGACGACAUCUUGGUGUACAGCCGGAGUUUGGAUGAGCAUGUGGAGCACCUGCGCAGCGUUUUGGAGCAGCUACAACAAGCCAAGUACAUAGCCAACGGCGACAAAUGCGAAUUCGCGUGGCAAGAGCUCGAGUACUUGGGACAUUAUGUGACGCCACAAGGCAUCCGUCCGCUUGCGGACAAGAUCGAGGCCAUCCGCGUAUGGCCCGAGCCCACCAACACCACGGACGUUCGCUCAUUCAUGGGGUUGGCGGGCUACUAUUAACACUUCAUCAUCGGGUACUCAAGGAUUGCCGCACCUCUGACGAGGUUACAAUCGCCAAAG